GCGACCAUGCUGUGGAAACUAGUUGAGAAUGUCAAGUAUGAAGACAUUUACGAGGACCGCCAUGACGGCGUCUCGAGUCACAGCUCGCGUCUGUCCCAGCUGGGCUCGGUUUCCCACGCGGGGCCCUACUCCAGCGCGCCGCCGCUCUCCCACGCGCCCUCGUCGGACUUCCAACCACCCUACUUCCCGCCGCCGUACCAGCCGCUGGCCCACUACCAGAGCCAGGACCCCUACUCCCACGUCAGCGACCCGUACUCCCUGAACUCUCUGCACCAGAGUCAACAGGGCGCGUGGGGGGCUCGGCAGAGGCAGGACGCCGCCGGGGAGCGGAUGGACAGCUCGUCUUUGCUGGCUCAGCCGAGAGCUUCGCUGCCGCAGCUGCCUGGGCUGGACCCACGGCGGGACUACGGGGGAAUGAGGCGGCCCGAUGUGCUCCUGCACGCCGCUCAUCCGGGGCUGGAGCCCGGGAUGGGCGACGGACUAUUGCACGGACUACACGGCCUGGAGGAUGUGCAGACCAUUGAAGACACCAACGGAACCAACAUACUGGAUCAAUCUGUUAUUAAGAAAGUACCCAUGCCACCCAAGAACCUUGGCUCAUUGAUGCUGGGCAAGGACGGCCUGAUUGGCGGAGUCAGCGUCAACAUAAACGAACUUUUCUGUUCGGUACCGGGUCGACUAUCCCUGCUCAGCUCCACCUCCAAAUAUAAAGUGACCGUUGGGGAGGUGCAGAGGAGACUUUCCCCACCUGAGUGCCUCAACGCAUCCUUAUUGGGGGGCGUGUUGAGAAGAGCAAAGUCUAAAAACGGUGGGAAAUGCCUGAGAGAAAAACUGGAGAAGAUUGGAUUGAAUUUACCUGCUGGGAGACGCAAGGCUGCAAAUGUCACGUUACUAACAUCACUCGUGGAAGGGGAGGCCGUGCACCUCGCCAGGGACUUCGGCUACAUCUGCGAGACGGAGUUCCCCACCAAAGCCGUGAGCGAAUACCUUAAUCGGCAGCACGCUGAUCCCAAUGAGUUGCACACGCGGAAAAACAUGCUGCUGGCCACCAAACAGCUUUGUAAGGAGUUCACUGACCUGCUGGCCCAGGACAGGACUCCCCUGGGCAACUCGAGGCCCAGCCCCAUCCUGGAGCCCGGCAUCCAGAGCUGCCUCUCCCACUUUUCCUUCAUCACACACGGCUUCGGUUCGCCCGCCAUCUGCGCCGCGCUCACGGCCCUCCAAAACUACCUCACUGAGGCCCUCAAAGGACUCGACAAGAUGUUCCUCAACAACCCUCCUAACAGGCAUGGGGACAACAAGGCCGAUAAAGAGGAAAAGCAACGGAAAUGA